AACUGAGCGUGAAAAUCUUCAAAAUUCGGACUGUCCAUUUCGUUUACUCUUUGAGGAUUUUCGUCUCUGCUUACGUUAUAAUAACGUUACGUUAUUACAAAGUUGUUUCAUCUUCAUUCAAUUUCACACUCGAUUUCGGAUUCGAUUUCGGAUUGGGAGUCAAAUAUUUGAAUGUUUUUUAGGAAAAUACUUAGCCACACUUAUUUGAGGAAAUCUCCAUAAAAACUUCAUGAAAAUGUGAGUAACGCAGUUGUGUUACGCAAAUGUAACAAAAGUUUGUCACGCAUCACAAGGAAACUUGUCAGCGGUUGAUCACACAAACGUGUAUGAUAAAAUGUGGUGAAAUCGAAAAGCUAUCCUGCACGUGUUGCAAAUUUUUAUCACUAUUUCUGUUUCGCAGCUUCAAUUUUACCUUGUUACAAAACCUGAGCAGGUUAAUUUGAGUUGAGGUUUAUUCAAGACAAAUUCUUAACGGUAAAGUAUCAAAAAAUACCCUAAAAAUGGCAGAAAACGACGCCGUAAAUGGCAACAAGGAAGCACCUACGGACCUCGAAAAGAAGAUCAUCAAGCAAGUGGAGUUUUACUUUGGAGAUAAAAAUCUUCCCAAGGAUAGGUUUCUGAGACAAAAAGCUGAAGAAGAUGAUGGAUGGAUAACAUUGGAGUGUCUUGCAACAUUUAACAGACUCAAGGCAUUAUCAGGAGAUACAGAUGUGAUUGCAAAUGCUUUGAGAAAAUCAGAUGCAGGACUUGUCGAGAUCACUGAAGAUAACAAGAAAAUAAGACGAGUCUCGUCCAAACCUCUCCCAGAGAACACAGUUGAAGCUAGACAAACUGCAAAGAGCAAAACAGUCUAUUGUAAAGGGUUCCCCAAAGAUUCCAGUCUUGAUCAACUGGAGGAAUUCUUUGCUAGUUAUGGAAAGGUUAUUUACAUCAUCAUGCGAAAGGAUUUGGAACGUGCGUUCAAAGGAUCUGUGUUUGUAGAAUUUGCGACUGUUGAUGAAGCAAAAGCCUUCACGUCUCUGGAGACAGUGAAGUUCAAUGACGAGGAACUGAUCAAAAUGAUGAAGGGUGAUUACUAUAAGAAGAAAGAAAGAGAAAAUCCUCACAAGAAAGAGGAGAACAAGAGAAAGGCCGAAAAAAAUGACGAUGCAAAAGAAACGAAAGAAGAAAGCAAAGAAGACGCAGAGGAAAAAGAGGAGGCCUUGAAAUAUGACAAUGGCUGUGUGCUGCAUUUCAAAAAUGUAGGCGAACAGACAUCUCGUGAAGACCUGAAGAGUCUGUUCGGUGAGCAUGAAGAUAUCGCUUGGGUGGACUUCACCAGAGGAGAAACAGAGGGCUUCAUUCGUUUCUCUAAAGAGGGAGGAGCCCAGCGAGCCAUUGACGCUCUAAAGGAAGCAAACGACGGUAAAAUACUCAUCAGGGAUGUGGAAACAACUCUUCGGGUCCUAGAAGGUGAGGAAGAAAAGAAUUAUUGGUUAAAAACAAAAGAAGACAGAGAAAAAGCCAAGCAAAAGAAAGGAAGGAAAUUUAAAGGAGGACAAGGCGGUCGAGGUGGUCGGCCUCAAAGAAAAAGACGAACUUCCGACAGGCUGGAAGGAAAACGAAACGAUGGAAACGACGAAAAAUCGACAGCGACUCACACGAGAUUUGAUGAAGGGGAACCUUCCGCUAAGAAAACGAAGACAGACGAUGAUUGAUCUCAAGGGACUCGUCGCAUGCACUUCGCAUGCACAACCGGCUUAAGUUUUUAUUGCUCUAGUUUUGGUGCAUUUUUUACAUCUCAAGAACAAGAUGUUUUAGUUUUAAACUAACUUAUUAUACUAGCUCUUUCUCAGAGCCGUUAUCCUACAGGUCGAUCACUAAGGAACGGGAGGCGCUUUCUUUUUCAGGUCGCGUAGAAACCAAACCCCAUUUUUAGUUUUUGUUAGUUCGAUUAUUUUAUUAUCUAACCAAUCAUGUACUUAGAGAAAUUGCUUUCUUCCCAAGCCUUUGUAACUGUGGCGCUGGCCAGAGACUGGAAACUAGACCAGUAGUUAAAUUGUUUUGCAAAAUUAGUGGUACUGGUUUUUUGGGGGUCCUCCUAAAUGGAGUAGAAGGUUCCCUUUGUAUAAGAUAAUACUUUCUACGGAAGGGUUGAAAAGCAAUGAAGUUGCAUUGGUGAAGCAGGGAGAAAACAAAGGAUUUUCUUGAAAUUUGUUCACCUUCUCUUUCACUUGAUUAUAAAUGAUUUCUAACUUGUUCAGUUUCACGUUGAUGAUAAUAGAGUGCUUUUUGAUUGAGUGUCGUGAAACAAAACCAAAAUUUCGUAGAAAAGGUUGUGGAUACAGAGAAUAUAUUUAAGAGCCAAUGAGAACUCAAAGUUAAAAAAACCAAACUAUCUAUAGGGCGGGAAAACGCGGGCGAUCAAGUAAUGAUUGGUUUCAGUUUUUUUCAUCUGAUUGGUUGAGCGAGUGGUGGUGGUUUUCUGGACCAAUCACAGAACAUUGUUAUCAAGUAAAACCAAAACAAUCCCGGGUUGCUUUCGACACUCGACUGAAAACUGCGGUAUUCGUAGCACUAGGGAAUUUAAGAAAACUACGACGUCAACGAUAGCGUCACCAAACGAAAGGUUUACUGAGCAGAACAAUGGCUGUGCACGUGCGUUAUAAAUCUUUGUAAAUUACUUUGCGUCCACUGCCAACAACAACUUGAAAUGACCAAGCUUUGCGGCUUUUUUCGGAGAACGGGAACGACGACAGCUAAUUUUUUAAACUUCUAUUUCUAAUUAAACGCUGUGUUCCAUGUUCAGUUUCGAGAUAAUUUUGACAGUGAGAAACACACUAAAUGACUUCAGAGUAUCGCGAGAUUCGUAAGCAAAACUUAAGUUUGUUUUUAACCCCGUACACCCUAACAUCAGUAUGUAUAUCCUCCAUACUGUUCCUAAUGUGCUGGCUAGGAGAAUUUGUUUAGUUGUUUUGUUUUAGUUUUUUUUUUUUUUUUUUGAGUUGUCCACGGCGUUGCCGUCGUAGUUUCUUAAAAUCCCUAUUUUCUUAGAAAUCACAGUUGCCGUAGUAUUUAACCGAUGCCCACUCGAGAAAGCGAAACUGAAGACUCGGGAAAUGGUGUUGAGUGUACUGAUCACUUUUGACUGAAAGAAAUCUUAUUCCACCACACUUUUAAAUUUUUUAUAUUUUACUUUUAUUUAAUCCUGGUCAUUCUUAGACUACUUUGUUUUUUCUACUCAGUGAUGUCUUGAAAUAACGAAAAAAGGCAUCAAUAAUUAUUUUGGACUAAAACUUAGAAAAAUUAGUCUUAGUAAGUUACUUAAUCAGUUUUCAUAUUGUGGCUAGCCUCCCAUGGAUGUAAUAAACGAAUUUGACCUAAUUAUCACUGUA